AUGAUACCGAAAAUUGCUUUAGAAUUGAUCGACAGAACGUUAAAAGAUAUAAUGGAAGACGCCUCACCGUUUGGUGGGAAGACUAUAAUACUAGGUGGAGACUUCAGACUAGUUUUACCUAUUGUGAAACGAGGAGGUAAUGGAGAAGUGGAGUUGUUUGUACCAGAGAAAGAAAUACAAAGCAACAAUUUAGUAGACGAUUUAUAUCCAAGAAAUUUGCCACCUGAUGAAUUAACAAACAGAGCCAUCUUAGCUCCAUUGAAUGUCGAAGUUAAUCAGUUAAAUACAGAGAUACUACGCAGAAUGGAUGGCAAUAUAUUCGAAUCAAAAAGCAUAGAUUACGCAACAUUACAAGGAAUUGAUACUGCAGAUGCAGCACUUGACGAAGAAGCUACUCUGCGAUAUCCGAUAGAGUAUUUAAAUGGAUUAACGCCAUCAGGUUUACCACCACACAAUAUACAGCUGAAAGUCGGAGCAAUUGUGAUGUCAUUGCGAAAUUUAUCAAUAUCAGAUCGUUUAUGCAAUGGAACACGCAGUCGUUUGACGCGCUCACGAAGAAGAGAAAGUAGCGGAGAAGAACCUUUGGUUAUGGAGAAUCCGCGGGUCCCUGAAACAAUUCCAUCGCCUUCAGUGGACCCUCUUCCAAUUCCUUCGACAAUCCCUCAAAUUGAUCUGCUGAAGAUCAUGUCUCAACAGCAAGAGGCUGCUGAGCGCCAACAACAGCAACUUCUUCAGCUGCUUCUUGAUCAACAAGAGCAGCGAGAAAGAGAACAAGAACAACAGUUGGAACAGCGAAGAAGAGAACGGGAACAACAGCUGGAACAGCGCAGGCUUGAUAGAGAAGCACAAGAACGAUCCGAAACUAGUCUACACGAACUGUUCCGGACGACUGUGGCAGCUCUUCAGGCUGUUCAUCAGGUGAAUGGCUCAGGAGAACCGGCUGUCACUCCACUUGGUUCCGGAGUCGUUUGGCCGCUUCUCUCUCCUGUUCCUUCUCCUGUUCCCGUUUUCGCUGUUCGACAGGUCCGACAUCCAGGACGAAUCCAGGAUGUUCGAGAUUCAAGGUCUGUGCCUUUUACUAGGAAAGUAGUUGAAUCUCCAAUUAGUAGAAGGAGAGUAAAUAAUGAGACGACAAGGUCACAUACAGCGCAAUCAAAGGAACAGUCGUGUGCUUGUUGCAAAGGCAACCACUACAUCGCGUUCUGUUCGACCUUUCGCGACAAAUCUCUGGAUCAAAGAAGGGAAGUGGUUUCUGCGAAAAAGCUUUGCUUCAAUUGUCUCGGUCCACAUCAGCAGAAGGACUGUCGAUCUAACAAAACGUGUCGCGUGUGCAACGGUCGACAUCAUUCCUUGCUGCAUCGAAACUCUUCCUCAAUCUCGACAGCUGCUAACAGUGGCACAUCUCAAGGACAGGCUGCAGUAGCGCAACCUGCAGUGCAGAACGCACCGAUCUCGAAUAGCGCCUCUCAGGUGAGCAACCACUCAGCUCAGCCUACAAUGAUCAAGCGCUCUCCAGUUCUUCUCGCCACAGUGCAAUUGAUCGCCUCUAAUCCGGAGACUGGAGAAAGAAUCAUUGCUCGCGCUCUACUCGAUCAAGGAUCCGAAAGUUCAUUCGUCACGGAGUCGCUAGCGCAACAAUUGCGACUACGUCGGCAUCAAGCAACGAUACCGAUCAUUGGCGUCGGAGCUCAUCAAUCGGCAGUGACUCGCGGCACCGCGACAUUGCAACUCCAAUCUCGUGCUCACACCUCGUUCUCGUGUCAGGUGGAGGCACUCGUGCUUCCACGACUCACAUCGUAUCUACCCUCAUUUCGACUCCUCGUCGAAGACUGGCCUCAUCUACGAGGACUCAACCUCGCGGAUCCAAGCUUUGCACAUCCCGGUCAAAUCGACGUAAUUCUCGGAGCUGACAUCUACAGCAACAUCAUUGGUCAAGGAGUUCGAAGAGGAGCACCAGGAACACCAAUCGCGCAAGAAACUCAGUUCGGUUGGGUCCUCUCCGGCUGCGUUUCAGCGGAAGCAGCAAGCCCCUCGUAUGGCGCAGUCCAAGGCUUCCAAUGCUCCCUCGAUCACGAACUGCUCGAUCUCGUGCAGCAGUUUUGGAAGCAGGAAGAAGUGUCGAAACCUUUGGCACUAACUUCCGAAGAAGAGCGUUGUGAGCAACACUUUCGCGAAACGGUUUCUCGAACUGCGCCCGGUCGUUACGUAGUUCGGCUGCCGCUCAAGGACAAUUCGGUAGAGCUCGGCAACUCGCGGAAUCCCGCGCAUCAAAUGCUCCUUUGUUUGGAGAAACGGUUCGGUAGCGACGCGAAACUCAAGGAGGCUUACUCGAGCUUCCUUCGUGAAUAUCGUGAACUCGGGCACAUGCGUCGCGCUAUGAAUACACCUGAAGACAAUUCCCGCGUGUUUUAUCUUCCCCAUCACGGUGUAGUUCGCGACAGCAGUUCAACAACAAAGUUGCGUGUCGUGUUCAACGGGUCUCAAAGAACCAACCUCGGACUCUCUCUCAAUGACAAUCUUCUCGUCGGUCCAAAAGUGCAAACCGACCUCGCGGACAUUCUCUUACGCUGGCGACAAUAUCCAGUCGCGUUCUCAUCAGACAUCGUCAAGAUGUACCGACAAAUUUUGGUCCACAAUGAUGACCAAGAUUUUCAACGAAUCCUCUGGAGGGAAGAACCAGAGCUACCGAUUGAAGAAUAUCAACUGACUACGGUAACGUAUGGUCUUGCAAGCGCUCCGUAUCUCGCGAUCCGUGUUCUUCAUCAACUCGUUCAGGACGAAGGUAAGCAGUAUCCCUUUGCGAGCCACGUCAUUCUCGAGAACACGUACGUCGACGACAUCCUCUCAAGAGCAGAGGACGUUGAUCAAGGUCGCGAGAAAAUCAACGAACUCAAUCAAUUGCUCAAGGCGGGCGGCUUUGAACUUCAAAAGUGGACUUCAAGCCACCCAGAAACUCUCGUUGACAUUUCUCGAAACCAUCAAGAGAUCGCGAUGCAUCUGAAUCUCGAUCAAAGUCCAUUCUUUCGGGCUCCUGGUCUUGCGUGGAGACCAGACAUCGACGCGUUCGCGUUCUCUCCGCAAAUUCAUCAACUUCGGGACAAUUUCACAAAACGAAAAGUUCUCUCACAAACCGCGCAGCUCUUUGAUCCUCUUGGAUGGCUCUCGCCGAUCACGAUCAGAGCCAAAAUCUUUAUGCAGGAAUUGUGGGCACUCGGUUUCGACUGGGACGAGCCGCUCUCAGCUUCAUUGUCCUCGCGAUGGAUCGAGUUUCUACAAGAUUUUCAAGGCAUCUCAGCUAUCACCAUCCCACGAUGGAUCGGGUUAAGUUCAGCAUCUCUCGGGAUAGAGAUCCACGGUUUCGCGGACGCCUCUCAAAGUGCAUUAGGCGCAGUGAUCUACGCGCGAACGUAUAUCAACACUCACGAAGUGCGCGUUUCACUAGUGUGCGCGAAAACUAAAGUAGCGCCGCUAAAGAAGGUGACAAUUCCUCGUCUCGAACUCUGUGCUGCGAAUCUUCUCGUCCGGUUGAUGUGUCAUGUGGAAAACACUCUUAAUUUCGAAAACACCCCGGUUUAUCUGUGGACGGAUUCCACAGUCGCGCUCGCGUGGAUCAAAAGCCACCCAUCGCGGUGGAAGAAAUUCGUUCGUAAUCGCGUAACGGAAAUCCAAGAGUUCGCGCGCGCUCGUUGGUAUCACAUCUCGGGUUUUGAAAACCCCGCUGAUCUUGCGUCUCGUGGUGCAUCUCCGGAGCAACUCCAAAAAUCAGAACUUUGGACCUUCGGACCAUCCUGGCUCUCGAAGCCUUCUGUCAAUUGGCCAUCCUUAUCUCCGCGACCGGAAGAAAACAUUCAUCUCGAGCAAAGAAAAGGGCUGUCGACGCCCAUCGCAACAGCUAAGCCGCUACAAAUCUGGGAUCUCGUCGAUCGCUACUCAAAACUAUCGACUCUCCUCAAAGUCACAUCAUUGUGUAAACGCGCAGCUAAUCGGUUCCUCGCGAAGACGACAUCGAAUCGCGUAAACACGUCUAUCACUGUCGGACCGAUCUCUACUCUCGAAUGGAGCGACGCCCAACUGUUUUGGACCAAGGUGACCCAGCAGGCGUACUUUGCAGAAAAAAUUCGCCAAAUCGAGACAAGCUCAAGUCUCACUCGAAGUCAUCCACUAUCGCGACUCACGCCGUUCAUCGAUUUGAACGGAUUCCUCAGAGUCGGUGGUCGACUGAAUCACUCAUUGCUUUCGUAUGACGAAAAGCACCCGUUCAUCUUGCCUCGCGAAUCAUCGUUCUCCACAUUGAUCAUCGAUCAUCAUCAUCGGUUGACGCUCCACGGAGGUCCGCAACUCACUCUCGCUACAAUCCGACAGCGGUACUGGAUCCUGGGAGGAAGAGUACCGAUCCGCAUGUCAAUACAUCGUUGCGUUCCUUGUGCGCGUCAUCGCGCCACCCUCAGCAGCCAACAGAUGGGUCAACUCCCUCAGUCUCGAGUCACGCAAUCAAGGCCGUUUCUUCACUCUGGCGUUGACUACGCUGGUCCAUUCUCGAUUCGAGCCUCCCGCGGAAGAGGAGCGAAAUCAUGCAAGGGAUAUAUCGUUAUCUUCAUCUGCUUCACGACCUCGGCUGUGCAUCUCGAGCUAGUUUCGGACUACACGACGGAGGCAUUCAUCGCGGCGUACAAACGCUUCACAUCUCGACGAGGAAUUUGUGCCUCAAUCGCAAGCGAUUGUGGAACGAAUCUCGUCGGCGCAGACUCAAAACUUCGCCGUCUUCUCGCUGCAUCGUCAAAGGAGUUCGCAGAAAUCGCAAACACCCUCGCAUCACACGGAACCCAGUGGCGGUUCCAUCCUCCCUCCGCGCCUCAUUUCGGUGGAAAAUGGGAAGCCGGAGUGAAAUCAGUCAAAUUUCACCUCAAACGAGUCAUCGGAGAAGCUACUCAAACGUUCGAGCAAUUCGCGACGUUCCUCACGUAA